GACUCCCCGUAUAUAAACACAAGGUGACAUCAUCUGUUUACUAGCUCCUCCGACACUCAUCUGAUAGAAAGUACCUACGGCAUUCCCUGUCUCUCUUUCCAAAUGGCGACAGAUAUGGAAAGAUUUUUCUCCUUCGAGGAAGCAUAUUACGAUCAAUAUGACUAUUACAACCUGCUGGAAUACUCGUGUCAUGCGUGCGGGAAAGGCAGGAGCAAGAAAGAGAUCGAGCUGAACACAAACCGCCAUUGCCCCGCCGGACACGAGAGGAAGAUAGCAGAGAAAUUUCACAACAGCGAAAUGAAACGCAGGAGAACCAAGAGCUCGUCGUCGUGAAGGCUUUCCUUGAUGUUUACAGGUAACUGCGUGCAUUUUCACUCUGAACGGUGUUUUGUCUGCGUUGAAAACCUCUUGUUUGUUCAAGAAGUGGCCUUGGGGAUAUGAAAACAACAACCUCCUGUUUGAGUAUUUGCAUAAGAAGAUCCUGCAGAAAAGUCAAGCAGUCAGCAGCUCCCAUGAACGUGAGGUGGAAAACAUCUUUUGCUAGGUUCACUGUGAUCCCGGAAUUUGGAGUGUGCUUUGCUCUACCAAUGAGGCCACGGUUGGAAAGAGCUGUUUGGUACAAACAGUUCCCACUCAACGUGUACCAUCUACCCAAGCCUGUUUGUGAAAUAAAUACAUAAAUACCACAGUUUUAAUCAUUUGCACUUGAAGAAAAAUGAUUUGACAUAUGUAGGAACAUCAAUACUGUAGAUUUUAUCAACCUAGGCAAGUGUUGUAAAAACCCUCUCAAAAAUAAAACAGGGUAAAUAAGGAAUAUUUUUCCAGGAAGACAGUAAUAAGUAUCAUUUUAGACAGUAAGCUCAUGUUUUAAGACAUUUCUUGUGGUUCCAUUUUUGUUAAAUAUGAGCAUUUACUCUUUUUCCUUUGGUUUGACUCAUCCUAACUUCAGUAUUUGUUGCUUUUAAUCUUUUGGUCUCACCAAAUAAGCAAGUUAAAUAUGUAAGCAUCUGUUUUCAGACAAAGUUACCAACAUGUUUCUUAUUCUUCUUGACUAAAUUAAGCACUGGCAUUUUGAAAAGGGUCUGAAUAGAUACUGAAAGAAACAGUGUUUGAUUUAUGAUUAACUUUUUUUGUCCUCAUUUCUCCACAGACCAGGACUAAAGUUGGAUUUGUGUUGUUGACCAUGGCCAUGUGUCUCUGCCUUCCCUGACCCAGUGAAUAGAGUGCUGUGACAGCAGGAACGUGUCCAUUAAUCUGUCACGAGAUGGCUCUUCAUUCCGUACUCCACCCUGUAACAAGACCUGCAAAUCUUAAAUUACAGCUGUGCAGAAAUAGUUUGUAUUGAGCUAUAUAGGUCAGUGGUGUGUGCUUGAAAAUAGAAAGACGAAUAUAGUUAUUUCUGUUGGUGCAAUAUAUUGUAUUGUAUUUUAAUUCAAUAAAGUCUUAUGUUAACUGAAGGAUUGUCUUAUACCCAAUACUUGGAGCUGACUACAAACACACAGUCUAAACAAUUUCAUGUAUUUGCUUUGGGUCGUUAUAUAGGCUGCGUUACAGGUUUGUUAUUGCAGUGUUCAAUCACUUGAUGCUUGUAAUUUGAUGAAAUUGUGGUGCCAUCAGAUUUAUGAAAACAGAUAAAUAUUGAAACUGAAAUUAUAGAACAUACAAUGUACUAGUGGCAGAAGGAUGGUUGGAUGAAAACUAAUUUACCUUAACUGAGACCUGUGUAAAUAGGAGAGCGCCCAGCUGGUAUAUGCUUAUAUUAUAGCUAGCCACAAAUGGUGAAUCAUGUCAGUGUCACUUAAAAAAUAUGAGGGACCAUCUUUUUUUGGCCACCAAAAAAAUCAAAACGCAACUUCUGUAAUGUGUGAUGUAUUGUCAGUGAAGACAAAUUUCCCCACAGGACAAAUAAAAUCAAAAUCUUUUUGUGAAGGUGUUGUGGGGAAAACCACAGAGGGAAAAACAUACAGAUUCAUAAAGAUUCAAAAAAUUUUUACAA